UGUCACAUAUAAAUAACGCUGCAGUCUGCAGAGCAACAUUCAGAGGACAAGCACUGCGUUUCUGCGGAUCUCCAGGCGUCAGAAAAUUAAACAAAAUGAGCAAACCAACAGGUUGGGUUCCAGCUUUCUGGCUGGAAAUAUUUGAUGAACUCCUUUAUGAUGACAAUGAGCUGGACUACGGAGACGAGUGGAAUCUAAACUUUAACUACACCCAAACAAACGAAAUCACCAAAGAACAGAGGAAGAGAGGCUGGAAAGUGUAUUCCCAUUGUGCUUUUGGAAAGUUCCAGUGCGGAGCUUGUCGUAAGUCCUGGCGUUCGGCUCGAGCAGUGGUGCUGUUCCGCUACCGGGUGAGAAACGGCCGGGGUACGGUGAUAAUGCGACCUUUUGGUCAAGCUUGUCGUAGUUGCCAGGAUGGGGCAUUUGAUCUUCCAGGUUUUACCAGGAAGGAAGUGGAACACGCUUUUCUCAGGCUUUUUUCCAAAAUCCGUAAAAAUUGCUAUGGGGAGCAGGAAAGCGACGAAGCUUCUUCGACAUCCUCUGCCAAAGUGUGGACCAAGCCCCAUGAGGCAGCACUGUGUGAGGCCUGCCGUCUGGGCAUUUGCUGUCUGGAGGAUGAGUGAAGGAGAGACAUCCCAUCUUUCUCGGUUUUGGCAGACCUUGUCCUUGACAUUUUGAGGUUGUAAAUAUGUUUGUCAGAUAAAGUUUGACAUGAUACUGAGACCAAAAAUCAGCUUUUGUAAAAUUAAAAUGACUCGGGGCAUUUUCUUUGUUUGUUUAUUUAGUUAUUGUAAACAUAUUGUACAUUUGAUACUUGUGCAUUUAUGGUAAAAAUGUAUAUAUUUCACCUUAUUUUAUAAUGAUCUAUACUUUUUAUUAUUCAAUUAAGGUAAUCUAAAUAUGUCUAUGCAAGUGUGGGAUUUAUUUCCUUUUUUUAUCAUAUGUUCCACAAAAUUUGAUAAUGUUGGCAAUGGGGAUGUUUUAACAAAAAAAGACUUGGAUAUUUGUCUGCUGUUAAUUCUUCACAUUGUAAAGAGAUUUAUUAUAUUUAGAUAUAUUUUCUAACAUCUUAUUUAUGAAACCAAUACUUACAGAAGUUAAGGUACAUAUAUGUUAGAACAGGGUGAAAUAUGUCCAGUGACAAUAUAUAUUGUUUACUGUAUUUUCACUUAACCUGGCACAAGCUCAGCAAAUAGAAAAUACCAAUAGAACCAGGAAGUUUGUGUAAAAAUAAAAAUCUAACCAUAACAUAAACUGUAGGUGCGUGUCUGUGUAUGAUUUUGUUGCAAUAUGUUUGCAUUUCAUUGAGUGAAGGAUAUGAUUUAAGUUGAAGAAUAUAAGACAUUUAUUAUUUAAGCUUGAAUUAUAUUCUAUAAAGUAUCAAAAGGACACAUAAUUAGAUGAGAAGUUUUAAAGUUAUUUUGUUUUUGUUUAGUUUUUUAUUGCAAGUGUAAAUAAGUGAUUUUAUAUUUAAUGGAUUACACCUCCUUACGGCAGAUGGCGCUAAUACACUGCGAUUAAAAUUUACAGAAGAAGAAGACGACUUUGCUUUCUUUACUUUGUGAAAAUUGUUAAACAACUGCUUAAAUGUUUGUUGUAAAUGUUGUUAAUCAACGCCAUAGUAAAAAU